GACUGGGGCGAAGGUCUCAAAAGGGAGGGAAACCAAACCAAAAACCCUAAAACUAGAAAAAAAAAAAACAAAAAAAGCCAGUUCUCUCUCUAAAACCCUAUAUUUGCAGUGCAGAAGCAUGGCGUAAUAACACCAUCUCCAUUUUUUUUCCUCAUUAUUUCUAAUUUAUUUUUGUGUUUGGCUUCCGGAGAGUUGUUUUGCCCCAUGGCGAGGCUUCUUCGGAACGCUUCUUCUCUCAGACACUCUUUAUUUGCAGUGGAGGGUUUUAGAAAAGGGGUCUUGGGAACAUCCUCUCAGUUUUGUAACUUUUCUUCUAAAGGUAGGAGGAGAUCUAAGUCUGAUGGAAGUGACUCCAAUGAAGAGAAUUUGUCUAAGAAAGAGCUGGCCCUACGACAAGCCCUGGAUCAGAUUACUACCUCAUUUGGAAAAGGAUCUAUCAUGUGGCUUGGUCGGUCUGUUUCUUCUAAACAUGUUCCAGUGGUCUCCACAGGAUCAUUUGCCUUGGAUAUAGUAUUGGGGAUUGGUGGACUUCCAAAGGGACGGGUUGUAGAGAUAUAUGGUCCAGAGGCUUCUGGAAAAACAACUCUUGCUCUACAUGUAAUUGCUGAAGCACAAAAGCAAGGAGGUUACUGUGUAUUUGUUGAUGCUGAGCAUGCUCUUGAUCCAGCGCUUGCUGAGGCCAUUGGGGUAAACACUCAAAAUUUGCUUCUCUCGCAACCAGAUUGUGGUGAACAAGCUCUCAGUCUUGUGGACACCCUAAUCCGGAGUGGUUCGGUUGAUGUUGUUGUUGUAGACAGUGUAGCUGCCCUAGUGCCUAAAGGUGAACUUGAUGGUGAGAUGGGUGAUGCACACAUGGCAAUGCAAGCCAGAUUGAUGAGUCAGGCGCUUCGCAAAUUGAGCCACUCUUUGUCACUAUCACAAACUAUUUUAAUAUUUAUAAAUCAGGUGAGAGCAAAGCUAUCAACAUUUGGAGGGUUUGGUGGACCCACUGAAGUUACUUGUGGUGGUAAUGCCUUGAAGUUCUAUGCUUCAGUGCGCCUAAAUAUUAAGAGAAUAGGACUUGUCAAGAAAGGAGAAGAGACCAUUGGAAGUCAAGUUCUUGUGAAGGUUGUGAAGAACAAGCAUGCCCCUCCGUUUAAAACUGCUCAAUUUGAGCUUGAGUUUGGAAAGGGUAUAUGUCGUGAAUCCGAAAUAGUAGAGUUAGGAUGCAAACAUAAAUUCAUCAUAAAGGGUGGAGGUGCUAUGUACAGUUACAAUGGCCAGAGCUUCCGUGGCAAGGAUGCCAUUAAACAGUUCCUCUCUCAGAAUGAAAGUGAGCGAGAGGAGCUUAUGAGGAAGCUUAGGGAGAAGCUAGUUGGUGAGACAAACAAGGAAAAAGAAUUGGAAGCAGAGGCCGUGGAUGAAGAUAUUGCAGAAGGGACUGUUCCACCUGAUACUACUGAUGAAGAAGUAACUGCAGUUGAGGCAUGAAAGAGCAAAUGACCUCAAGUUGUACCCACUUUUUUCACCUUGGCAGGUUAUGGAAUCUGCAUUACCCUUUUUCCAAUCAAGUGGUGAUACAUGGAAACAUUCAGUGGACACAGAUUGAUAGAAGUAUCUGGAUGGCCUGUGGUUUAGGAUCACAUUCAAGACAUGCUUGUGGCCAGGUAUCAAAGCUUCUGAAUGACAGUCUUGUAAGUUAUAUUUGGGAGUCAAUAUAUAUAUUGGAUUAUGUCGUGGGUGAAAGUUUUGUGAAUUCUAAAGGAGCAACUUGAAAGAAUGCAGGGUCCUUACUCAAUUCCCCGGAAUCAUCUCCACUGUUGAUUAUUCUUGUUAGUCAUGAAAAUUCAAGAAAUGCUAUAAAAGUAAUAUUAUAUUUCCUCCAGUGUACUAUUCUUUGUUCUGAAUACUAUUCUCUGGUUGCUCAUUUUGGUUCUUGUAACAGACCUGGUUGAGUGGGGCUUUGGGCUGAUUUUUAUUCCAGGAAUGUAUAAAAGGGAGAGAAAAGUCUCUGCAUGAUCCAUGACUA